AUGUCAAGUCAUGGCGGUUCUUCUCGAAGGAGCGGUUCGUUGUUGAACAGCCUCUCGCUGAACAAGAAGAAAUCCCCUGAAUAUUCGCCGCUUGACCUUACCACUCGGAAAUCUUUCCAUUCACCGCGGACCGUGGGAGAGCGAACUGUGAAAUCAUUGCGACUUUCAAAGGCAUUGACAGUUCCUGAAACAACAACUGUCUAUGAAGCUUGCCGUAGGAUGGCUACUCGCAAAGUAGAUGCUCUAUUACUAACUGAUUCUAAUGCUUUGCUCUGUGGGAUCCUCACAGACAAGGUUACAACAACAACUGAUUCUAUCAUUGGAUUUCUCUUUGCAACACUCAUUAACAAGAAAGAAGAAAAAGAUUUAAGGAGGUUCAGACAUUUACCUGUGGUGGAGAAUGGAGAAGUCGUUGCCAUCCUUGACAUUGCAAAGUGUUUGAAUGAUGCCAUUGCCCGUAUGGAGAGGGCAGCUGAGAAAGGAAAGGCAAUUGCGGCUGCCGUUGAAGGUAUCGAAAAACACUGGGGAACACCUAAAUCUGGCACCAAUUCCACAUUCUUUGAGACUCUUCGCGAGCAGAUAUUUAAGCCAUCUUUGUCUACAAUCAUUCCUGAUAAUUCAAAGGUUGUUACAGUUUCACCAACAGACUCAGUUUUGACGACAACAAAGAAGAUGCUUGAACUUCGUGUAAAUUCUGCAGUUGUGACGGUUGAUGACAAACUUUGUGGUAUCCUUACUUCAAAGGAUAUCCUGAUGCGGGUGAUAGCGCAAAAUCUUCCGCCAGCGUUAACUCUAGUUGAGAAGGUAAUGACUCCAAAUCCAGAAUGUGCAACAAUUGAUUCACCAAUAGUCGAUGCACUUCACACUAUGCAUGAUGGAAAAUUUUUGCAUCUUCCCGUGGUUGACAGAGAUGGCAUUGUUGUUGCUACGCUUGAUGUAAUUCAUAUAACUCACGCGGCUGUGGCGACAGCUAGUCAGGUCGGAAAUACUACCAGUUUUAACAAUGAAGCAGCCAACUCCAUGAUACAAAAGUUUUGGGAUUCGGCCAUGUCCUUAGCUCCAAAUGGGGAGGAUGAUGAUUCCCAAAGCGAAACUUCCUUGAAAAUGAUUUCUGAGGGAGGAGAAACAGGGAGAUCCGUUUCUUAUCUUGGGUCAAGCAUACAGAACACAUUUUCCUUCAAAGUACAAGACAGGAAGGGCAGGUUGCAUAGGUUCACAAGCGAUACUCGGAGCUUGGCAGAGGUUAUAACUUCCAUCAUUCAGAGAGUCGGUGAUGAAAUUGACCCCACGAACCUCCCACAAAUUUUGUACGAAGAUGAAGAAAAUGACAAAGUUGUACUGAAUUCGGACAGUGAUCUUACCACAGCUAUAGACCACGCCAAGACGGCUGGUUUGAAGGGAUUGAGAUUGCAUUUAGACUACACAGGAACACGUGGUUAUGGAAGUGAUUCAAGUUCAGUAAGUUUGAAAUAUGGUAAUUCAGAAUCAUGGGCAACAGCAUACACCACCGUUGCCGCUGGAGCUGCAAUUGUUGCUGCCUUAGGCCUAUUAGCGUUUGUGAGGAGAAGUAAACAGUAG